AUGGACCUUAUGGAUGCAGGGGGGCAUAGAAGGCUCCAGUUACAAGAGUUGGAGGAAUUAAAGAAUGAAACCUAUGAGAACGCGGCAAUUUAUAAGGAGAAGAGCAAAAUCUUUCACGACCAACAAAUUUCAAGGAAAUCAUUUAUAGUGGGGCAAAAAGUCCUCCUGUAUCACUCGAGACUUAAACUUUUCCCUGUGAAAAUCCAUAGUUUGAAAACGGAGAAAAAGUUCGUUGUAAAUGGUCACCGUCUAAAGCCUUACUAUGAGGGGUUCAAUAGUGAGCAGGUGGAGGUCAUAUGUCUUGAUGACCCGAAUUGUAUGGCAAAACUAGGGGUUCCGAGGUGUGCCCACGUCUUGGAAGGAAUGCGCCAGGUGCACUGGGCAACUUGGAGACCAUCAGUUCCAAGGCGUGCCCACAUCUUGGAAGGGAUUCUCUCUUGGACAUUAUUUAGACGCAAUGGUCAGAAGACUCUUCUACUCUUCCAUUUCCUUUGUGUUGUCUUGAUUCCACUUUCUUUUGUCCCUUUUUUUGUUGCCGUCCACCGCCACCUUCGAAGAUCCGCCGCCCGUCGCUGCCCGUUGUCCGCCGCCGCCGCCUCUCCACGGUUGCGCGUCUCUUUCUCCUUCUCCUCCAUCGCGCUCUCUCAUAUCGCCGCACCUCUGCUUGGGCACUGCCACCCGUCGCUGUCCAUCAGUUGCCGCCGCCCUACGCCACCUCGCACGGCCGGAUUUCCUGUAUCCAAUUUCGAAGGAUUUUUCUGCCGGAGACACAAUUUCGAACAGAAAUCCACAGAAGUCACAGCGCAGAAGCAGGAGCAGUACAAAACAAAGAUUGAAGCUGUUGCUGCAGUAGUUAGUUCAGUUGCAAGGAAUAUUGGAUCCACUAGAGUAGUUGAUGUUGGUGCUGGACAGGGUUAUCUGGCACAAGUACUUUCCUUCCAACACGGGCUUUCUGUGUAUGCAAUUGAUGCCUGUUUGCAUCACGGGAAAGUUACAGAUGCAAGAGCUGAGCGAGUUAGAAAGUAUUAUGCUUCUAAGAUGCGCAAAUCAGGAUUGGAAAGCAGAGAGUUGAGCAUCCCGAAGACAGUAACAUGCCAGGUGCUGUCUGCUAAUAUGCUGAAUAACUUGAGUAGCUCCUUUAUUCAGGGGGAACAUGCAAAGAAGCCAAAUGUAGUAAGCGAGAUUAUGUCUGAACAACGUGAAGGACCUCAUGAGAGUGAAUUGCCUUCUACCUCUGAUGUGUUUUGCAGCUCUUCGUUGAUCCUUGCUGGACUUCAUGCCUGUGGUGAUCUUUCAGUGACAAUGCUAAGGACAUUCUUGGAGUCCGACCAAGUUAAAUCUGUCAUUAGCAUUGGGUGUUGCUACAAUUUAUUGUCCGAGGAUGAUAGUGACAAAGCUUCUUCUGUCUGCGGGUUUCCAAUGAGCAAAGGUGUUAAAUUUACAGGCUUUGCACUGGGGAGAAGUGCGCGUGAUCUUGCUUGUCAGAGUGCAGAAAGGUGGAAGUGUUUGGGAGAAUUUGCUGGCCUUCAUAAUUUUGAGUUGCAUGCUUUUCGUGCUGCUUUCCAGAUGGUUCUUUCACAAUAUUAUCCAAAAUUGUUGAUGGAAAGUCCUUCCCUAGGGCGUCAAGGGAAAGCUUUACGCCGCCAACAGCACCAGAAGAUCCUGGAGUCUAAUUUGAGCUAUGAAGAGCCUAAAUUCUUCUCAGCUUCCUCAUCUACAAACAUCUCUAAGGAAGGAAGUCGGUUUGCCUUUGCUUGUAUAGAAAGCAGAGAUACUGAGAAAAAAGUUGCAGGUUCAUGCUGUGAUAUUGAUGGCCUUUCUUGUGAAUCUUUUGGUGAGAGUUCCAUGAAUGAAGAGACUAGUUCUUUUGACAGAUUCUCACUGUUUUUGGAAUUUUGCCACUCUGGACUAAACCGUCUUGGCCUCCAUUAUUUGUCGGACAUAGAACUUCACAAAGUGUGGGAGGAAACAGAACCAUUUUCUGUAUUAAUUGGACCUUACUGGUCUCUUCGUGCUGCUUUGGGACCCGUUCUGGAAACUAUUAUUCUGCUUGAUAGAUUGUUGUUCCUCCAGGAGCAAGGCAGUAUCGUAGAAGCAGUCAUGUUACCUAUAUUUGAUCCUGUAUUAUCUCCAAGGAACGUAGCUUUAAUCGCAAAGAAAAGGACGACACCUGUGUAGAUUGUAGGGAGUUAAACCACCAAUUAGUUCCUUGAAUCAUCCUGGGCUAGUAGUGUUAUAUAUAGCUGGGGGGAUAAUGCGUCAUAAAGUUGUAUAUGUAUCUUCUCGUGUAGGGCUGGAAAUGAGGUUUUGCCCAUAGGUGCCGCUUGAACAUUUGGAAACCUAAAUCGUGAUUCUGAAAUGUAUGCUUUGCUUCUUAGGAGGUCAAAUUGAAAUCAUUUGCUUUUGUGGAAGACAAGCUAAGCUGGUUUAAAGAGGAAAAGUAAACAGCAAAGAUUUGCGUUUGUGUAGCCCGAGCGACCCCGGUUAAGUUAGUGUGUGGAAUUGCCUGAGUCUGGUGUCAUGCUAUCAGAGCACUAAAGAAGUGGUUUUGGGGGUGACACUGACACUAGUAUUAAAUAUCUUGUUGGCCGGCCUUUGAUGACAGAUUGAAGUUCAUACAGGUGACAUUCUUUGGUGAGAUGCUUGCGGCUCCAGUCACUGCUACCUCGACUUACCCUAAUCUAAAUAAUUCGCAUAAAUUAUAGUUGCUUACAUGUAUUCAAACUUGACAUUUGAGCACUCCUUUCCUCUCUUCUUCUUGCCUCUUUUAUCUCUUGUAUUUUUCCACUAUAUUCCGCGA